AUGGAGUUCACCACUCCAGUGUAUGUGGGUGUCAACCUCGACGCCAACGAUGGACCUCAAAUGAAUGCUGUUGCCAUCAUAUUCAUAAUAUUGUCCUUUACCACCCUCGUUCUUCGUUUGUUCUCCCGUCUACAUACCAAAGUAUCCAUUGGCAUGGACGACGAACUCAUAGUGGUAGCUGCGGUCCUUUCCUGGGGCUACACCGCGACAGUGAUAUUCGAGGUUGAGCAUAACUAUUAUGGCCAGCACAUCGGCAAAUCUGAUACGCACCAUCUCGAGGAAUUCAACAAAGGACUAUAUGGUCUGGCUAUUGUCUAUCCUCUUGCUCUUACCUUCAGUAAACUAUCGCUUCUGGCGCUAUAUUGGCGUAUCUUUCGAGUGACAAAUGCGAGACGCCCUUUGCAGAUAGUUGCAGCACUUAACAUAGGAUGGAUGAUAGCUGCAUUCAUCGUUGGCAUAUUCAGCUGUACACCUAUUCGAGGCUUCUGGGACGCAACGAUCAAAAGCCGGUGCAUCCAGUACCCUCAAUUCUUCACUUCGAACGAGUCUUUCACAAUCAUUUUAGACCUGGUGGUUCUGCUCAUGCCCGUGUACUUCAUUUCCCACCUUCAGCGGUCUGUUUCACAAAGAAUUUCCAUUAGCAGUACAUUUCUUCUAGGUCUUGUUGUAACGGUGGUCUCAGCUGUACGGUUGUGGCAACUCGUUCUCGCCCAAAGAAAGCCUGGCUUCGAUCCAACUUUCAACGAAACUCCUGCUGCAUUAUGGGCCAUCGUCGAGCUUAACCUUUGGAUUAUCGUUGCCUCAAUACCCGCCCUGCGACCUCUCAUAACCAAGACACUUCAAGACCGGCGUGAGCGUAACAGUGCCUCCGGUUCAAAAUCGUACACAUAUGGUUCAGGGUCAUUGAAAGGCCUCAAAGCCCUUCUCUGGCCUUCGCAAGGCCGUCCUUCUACGCUAUCACGAUCAAACGGCCGCUUACCACUAGAUGGCGAAGAGACGAGAGGGGCGGUCGGGGCUGAAUCGUCGCGCUCUGUUGAGGACUACAACGUUCAAGUCUCUGCACCAGUCCCCAGAGAGGCGACAUGGACGCCACUUGGCGUUGCUGAGGUUGGACUAGACGAUGUCCAGUUACAGGAACUGGGUGGCAUCCGCGUGGAUCGAGAGGUAAAGGUCUCGCAACCCGAGAAUGCGUACCACCGAAUCUGA